GCAUGCGCCGUGUACAGGCGACAAGGAAGUUGUGCAGCAGCGACUUCGCAGACUGCAACAAACACUCAUGAACACUAUAAUGACAACACUGGAACAUGUGAACAGCACUUCACUCCGAGAAACUAACACCAAAGACCCCAGAGGGUCAUCACGUUUCCUUAUAUUGUUGGUAUUGUAAAAGCUGUGUGUCCACCAUGAUGCCUAGCAGAGCAGUACUUGGAGGGGGCUCGUCCAACAACAAGGUCAAGUAUUCCAGGUUGGCUGCAGAUGAAGACGGCUACAUAGACUUACAGUUCAAGAGGAGCCCUCCUAAAGUUCCCUACAAGGCGAUCGCACUUGCAACCUUUCUCUUCGUAGUAGGGGCCUUGUUGAUCAUCAUCGGGUCCCUUCUGCUUGCAAAAUACAUAAAGGUUGAGCAUCCGGACCGUACCAUUCCCGUCCUCAUCAUAGGGGUGCUGGUGUUCCUGCCCGGGUUCUACCACCUGAGGAUCGCCUACUACGCGUCCAAGGGCUACCGUGGUUACUCCUACGACGACAUCCCUGACUUUGGGGAUUGAGAGCAGUGUUAGCGUCGUGUAGAUGUCCUGAUGCCAUGCUAAUGCUAAUGCUAAUCCUCUGGCCAAACCUAUGCACCGCGCGGCUUGGCGCCUCUUUGACUUGAUCAUUUCACAUACGGCUGUUUCGGACUACUCUGUUUCAAGGCAGCCUUUUGCUAUAGGAAACCCUGGUUGGUGUGUCGUACCGCCUUACCGUGCGGUGCGUUGGAGUUUCUCUGGUAGACUGCUAGUUAUUUUGUGACGUGUGUGCAGUUUACAGAUGUUGCAGAUUAUGUAGCAAGGCUUGAACUGACCUCCACCCUCAGGCCGUCAAAACCAAUGCUGUAUUCCAGACUCACGGGAGUCUCGCUGUUGUUAUUUAAAUAUUUGAUGUAAAUGGUAGCUUCAGUUAUGCACUAUAUAUAUAUAUAAAUAUAUAUUAUAUUAUAUGAUGGCCAAAUGAUACUACUGCAUAGACGCAUAGGGUGUAGGUACCUAGUCCACAGAGGCCUUUGCUUUAUAUUGCGUACACCUCUCCAAAGGUUUAACAAUAACAACGGCAACUGACAGCCUGCCCGUGUCUUUAAUGCUAUGACAGACAAGUUGACCAAGUUUGCAUAUCUUUUAAUUUGUACUACACAUCAUCUUCACAUCUUGGAGAUCCCAGACUUCACUUAGUUUGCAACGCUUGGUAGAGACCCGACGUGCCUACAGCAGUUUACCAUCAGCUGCUCUCUGACCCAAAAGGGCAAUAUUGGCUUUAGUGUGCAUUGCAUGGUACCAUGCACUGCUACGAUGUGCUUGAUGCUACUUAGGCCACGGAUAUCCCAUCCUCAGGGAUUUAGAUCCGCAACAUCUUAUGUAUUUGAAGUGUUUAUUAGGCAUACAAUAGUGUUGGUAUACAAUAGAGGUUGAGUAUGCUUGUAGAAAAAGCUUGAAGAAAUACUUUGAUGCAAUGAUUGUAUUUGAAUUGUUAUACAAGAUUUGACUGACUGAGUAAUAUAUUCCUCAGAAUAUUUGUACUUUUCGAAGAACACCAAUUUCUUUUGAAUUAAAUAGAUAUUUGAAAGUUCA